AUGGCGAUAUGGCCCUUUAGUCGCAAGAGCAAGCGGCACACCAUCCAAGUGACCGGUGCCGAAGCUGCUGACCUUCAUUCCUCGUUUGCCGAACCUACCAUGGAGCCUACAUUGGGCCGCAAACAAUCCAAACGCCAAACCAACCGCACGUCACGGGCGGAUGCUGCAGACAGCCGGCGCAGCUCGGCCCUCGUGCCUUCAAAUCGACCUAUCUCAUCACUAGAUCGCCCUGCUUCCCUUGCCGAUCAUCCACGGGACCCCCCGCCACGUGAUCAUCCACUCUCAAGAACAGGUUCGCUGUUGAGGCGGAAACCAAGCCAAAAUGCGCAUGUCCCGAAUAAAUUACGACGCAAGCUGAGCAAGCGCAAGGCAAACGAGAUCAUGCGCGAGCGUGAGAUUCGCAUGCUCUCGUCCACCCCCAUCGAUAUCCCCCAUCGUCCAACUGAUUAUGCACUGGAAAAUCGCCGCCGAAAGGCAAAUGGUAGGCGUGCCGACCGAUAUAUGUCUGACAUCAGCCUCUCCAUCCGUGACUCCGCCACCUCCUCCACGUCUGACAUCUCCGACCCAUACACCUACAAGGUCAACGCUUUUGCUGCCUUGACUCCACGACCCAUCGUUCGUUACGUCGAGGCCCCCCCGUCUGCAGACCGCCAGAAGUAG